GCUAGCUGGCUAGCAAGAGACUUAACCCACUUGACCUAAGUGCCACAACCUAAGAACUACUCUAUGUAAGAUGAACACUGAGGACAAGCUGGAGGGGAUGCUGCUGAAAUGCAGCAGUGGAGGAAUAGACGGAGGAGGGAGAGUUGGGCUCGGCGGUGGAGGAGGAGGAGGAGGACUGGUGGUGAUGACACUUGGGGAACGAUCGCUGGCCAACCACCCUCUGUUGGCUGAGGACGACGACGACGAUGAUGAUGAUGAUGAUGAUGAUGACGAGGACGAAGAAGAUGACUUGACUGGGAGCUCACUUGUCACACAUGACCUGAUCCCUCCAGAGCAGCUGAUGAUGCAGGAGGAGAUGACAAAGAAUGGUAGAGGAGGAGGAGAAGAGGAGGGAGGAGGAGAGGUGGGAGUGCAUUUCCCCCCAAAACUCACCAAUAAGUUGCCCUGCUUGCUUCAUAUGCCAUUGAGCAUCAAGCAAGAACUGAAGUCAUCUGAUACAGGGGUCCAGAUAAAGAAAGACAAAAAAGCAGUUAAGGAUCUGAUGGUUUGUCCCAAGAAGAAAAAGAGGAAGCAGCGUUCACCUGCAAAGAUUCUCAGCAUCAAUGAUGAGGAAUCAUUGGGCAUGCAAAGCCCCAAGUGUCACGUCUGUGUUCACUGUAACGCUGCGUUCAGAACCAACUACCAUCUACAGAGGCAUGUCUUCAUCCACACGGGUGAGAAGCCGUUCCAGUGCAGCCAAUGUGAUAUGCGCUUCAUUCAGAAAUAUCUCCUCCAGAGACACGAGAAGAUCCACACCGGUGAGAAGCCUUUUCGCUGUGACGAGUGUGGGAUGAGGUUCAUCCAGAAGUACCACAUGGAGAGACACAAGAGGACUCACAGUGGCGAGAAGCCUUACCAGUGUGACUACUGUCACCAGUACUUCUCCAGAACAGACCGGGUUCUAAAGCACAGACGAAUGUGUCACGAGAACAGAGAGAGAAAGACCAACAAGGCGGCUGGUAAAGUCGGGCCUUUGCGUGAAGAAGAUCCUUUGGGCCCCCCCUUUCUUGCCAAAGAGUGUUCACUGCCCAAGAAAAAGCGGCAAAAGUGUGCCGACAAGAGUUCAGUAGCUUCCCCUGCUGCCCAGACCGAUGGGCACACUGUCGCUGUCGUGGAAACGGAGGAGAAGGAGGAGCAGAGACAGAAUAGAAUCGAAGGUCUACCUCUCUACGGCGUGUCCUCCAAAGUCAAACACGAGUAUGUGAUUGCCGAAUACUCCGGGGAACUUCCUGAAGAAACGGUUAGCCAACACCAAGAGGCGGACGUGUCAUCGGAAGACACCAUUCCUCCCAAACUAGUGCUGAAGAAAGUCCCCAAGAGGAGUCUCAAACAGUCCAGUGAACAAACCCCUCCAUGCCUGCCCACUUUGUCUUCCUUUGAGGAGAAUACUAAGGUCACACAGUACACCUUUGAAAUCGUGGACAAGCAAGGCCUUCUAGAAGUAGAAAGCAACACUGACCUCGAGUCAGUUGAGACUCUUCAAGAAGGACCAGCAAAGCCAGCGGCCAGCAGCACAAACUACGACGACGCCAUGCAGUUCCUCAAAAAGAAGCGCUAUCUUCAGGCUGCGAUGGCCAACAACAGUCGGGACUACGGCCUGAACACGAGCAGCGUUCCUUCUCAGCCGCCGCCUGUUACACAAACCGCGGUGUCGGCGGUUAUGGAGGAGAUCGUCCCUGCCACCAUUCUGGAGCCGCAGCCCAUCAACACAGAGAUUAAAGCGACACACGACAAGAGUGUGUUGCCAGACGAGGUUCUUCAGACGCUGUUGGAUCAUUACUCCAACAAAGCCAACGGGCAAUCGGACAUUUCUUUCAGCGUGGCCGACACGGAGGUGACUUCAAGCAUAUCCAUAAAUUCCUCCGACGUUUCAGACAGCAGCCCCGUCGAGAGUCUCGGGGCCUCCACUGCCCAGCCUCAGCCGGCUACGGAGAAGGUCAGCCUCUUGCAGGAAUACUCCAAGUUUCUCCAGCAAGCGUUGGAGAGGACCAGCCAGAACGACAGCUACCUGACCAGCCAGAGCCUCAGCCUGGUCUCCGAAAACCCCACCUUAGCUGGUCAACCGCUGUUCUCCACAGAGAAACAGUUUCCUUCCCCCAGCAGGUUCAAAUCAGGGUUGAGCUCUCCUCUAAGGUCCGCUUUAGAAAAACCUAACUUUGGAUUACUGGUCGGAGACUCCCAGCACUCAUUUUCAUUUUCAGGUGAUGAGACCACCCCUCCCUCCGCUGUGUCCCCUGCUGAGGAGGACUUCCUGGAGGAGGUCUCGCCCUCCAAAAAGACAGAUUCUCCGCAAGGCAUACUGCAGACGUUUCAAAUCAGCUCCUUCGAUCAGAACUUCAAAUCUCAUUUCCAGACAUCGAGAUCUGGAUCCUCCUCACUGUUUACCGUUGCCAAUGGACAAUUAAGUCUCCGAGGACACAGCACAGACUUCGCAGAGUUCCCCUCAGUCAGAGUCACCGAGACCAGGUCUCAAAUGAACUCCUCUCCCGAUGUUUCAUCCGGUGAAACCUUUGGCUGAAGGGAGGGGGUGAAGAAUUCAUUUCUGUUAAUAAUUUCAGCGGCACUUUAUCUCAUGUUUCCUGUUUUGCCAAAUCAACUCCCAUUGCAACUAUGUGCUCUUUCUCAAAGCAUUUUUUUUUUUUUUUUUUUUUUUUU